UGACCUCCCAAGGUGUUAGGAUUACAGGCAUGAACCACUGCACCUGGCCCAAACCAAUUUCUUAAAAUGUAAAUAUGUGCAAACUUAUAAAUAGCAGACCUUUUUAUGUUUUUCAAGCUGUGCUAUCAGAGUGCUUUGCGGGUUUCCAAGAGUAACAAAAAAAUGAGUAAAUCUCUGGGGUUGGUAUCAUUUGAAGACGUGGAUGUGGACUUCACCUGGGAGGAGUGGCAGGACCUGGAUGAUGCUCAGAAGACCCUGUACAGGGACGUGAUGCUGGAGACGUACAGCAGCCUGGUGUCCUUGGGGCACUGCAUUACCAAACCCCAAGUGAUCUUCAAGUUGGAGCGAGGAGCAGAGCCGUGGAUGGUAGAAGAACGCCCAAACCAGGGCCUCCCAGAUGUCCAAAUGGUUGGUAAUCUAAUCAAGAGGAGCCAAGGAAGUCAAGGUGGACAUGUGUGGCAAGCUGUAGUCACCAGCAGGAGGACAUCAACUGAGGAGGGAGCUGAAUCAGGAAAAACAUUUAAUUUGAGCUCAAACUGUAUUUCAAAACUGAUGGUAAGUAACGGAAACUAUUCAGGAAUAAAGCUGGAGGAGUUUGGAGUGUGUCAGGACACACUUGUCCCUGUUGAGCCUGAUGGGAUUCAGGCUGGAGAGAAGCCUGGUGCCCACCACGAAACUGCGAACUCUGAAGGACACUGUGAGCAUCGUAGUCAGCAUCGCAGGAUUCAAAUGGGGCAGCUGCCUUCUGAACGUAGCGGACGAGGGAACGUCUUUGACACAAAGGCAAUAAUCCUCAUACAUAGGAGGGUUCAAGUGGGAGAGACCCGUAAAUAUGAUGAAUAUGGGAAAGGCUGUGAUGGGUCAGCACCUGUUGCUCAAGAGAGCACUCAGGUAGGAAAGAAAACUUUCCAUAAAAAGUCUAACCUCCUUAAACAUCAGCAAAAACAGACGAGAAGGAAACCCUAUGAAUGUACUGAGUGUGAGAAAACCUUCAUUGGCAAAUCACAUCUCACAAUACAUCAGAAGACACAUACGAGGAAAAAAGCAUAUGCAUGUAACCUAUGUGAGAAAUCUUUCAGCCGUAAGACAAGCCUUACUGUCCACCAGCGAAUUCACACAGGGGAAAAGCCCUAUGGAUGUGAUGAAUGUGGAAAAACCUUCCGCCAAACAUCACACCUUGCCAUCCACCAAAGAACUCACACGGGGGAAAAACCUUACAAGUGUAAUGAAUGUGGGAAAACCUUUGGCCAGAAGUCAGGCCUCAGUGUGCAUCAGAGAACUCACACAGGGGAAAAACCCUAUCAGUGUAAUGAGUGUGGAAAAAGUUUUUGCCACAAGUUCACUCUCAGGAUGCAUCAGAGAACUCAUACAGGGGAGAAGCUCCAUGAACAUAACGAUUGUGGGAAGAACUGCCAAAAACCAGUCCUUGCUAUAAUACCUCAGAGAACUCACACAGGUGAGAAACCAUAUAAAUGUAAAGAAUGUAAGAAAUCCUUUGCCCAAAAGUCAACCCUCACUAUACAUCAGAGAACUCACACAGGUGAGAAACCAUAUGGAUGUAAAGAAUGUAGCAAAACCUUCUCCGAGAAGUCAAAACUCACCGUGCAUCAGAGAACUCACACAGGAGAAAAACCCUAUGAAUGUAAUGAAUGUGGAAAAACAUUUAGCCUGAAGUCAGUUCUUACUAUACAUCAUAGAACUCACACAGGCGAAAAACCAUAUGAAUGCAAUGAAUGUGGAAAAGCUUUUCGGCAGAACUCAACCCUCUGGCUGCAUAAGAAAAUUCACACUGGUGAGAAACCUUUUGAAUGUCAAGAAUGUAGGAGAUCUUUCUACCAUAAGUCAGCCCUUGCUAUACAUCAGAAAACACACAGGACAAAGAAGAAACCAAAAGGGAAAUUUGAACAUACACUGAGAUGAAUGAAGACACAACUGACAAAUCUAUGGAAGACAGCUAAAGCCAUGCUUAAGGGAAAUUUAAAGCUAUGAAUACCUAUAGUAAUAAAAAAUAUUUCAAAUUAAUAACGUAACCUUCCACCUAAAGACACUGGAAAAAGAAGAGUAAAUGGAAUCUAAACUAAGCAGAAGGGAGGAAAUAAUAAGAAUUACAGCAGAAACCAAUGAAAUAGAAAAUAGAAAAGCAACAGAGAAAAACAAUGAAACUAAAGUAUGUUAAUAAAAGCUCAACAAAACUGACCAACCUUUACUGUGGUGAAAAUGUAUUUUGGGUGUGAUUGAGAAGUGAGUUUCAGGAUGCAGUGACUGGAGGACCAAGAUAACUGCUGUUGCUAGGAACAUACCCCUUAUCUUAAAAAUGUUGACCAGAGAGCCUAAACAAUCCCUUUAGGUAGAAAGUAAUAAAUUAAGAAAGCAAUCACAUGGCUUAACACACUGUCAGUGACUGUUUUCUUUUUUCCCUAUUCUUUUUCUUCCAUGGUAUAAAAGGUUAGGUAGGCAUACAUUGCAAAUGUGAAGAUCUACUUUAUCUUGCUUUAUGCCACCCAAGGCUGUCUCAUAUGUAAUUUCCCCCAAAUAAGUCUUUGACUAAUACUAACCUGGAAGUGGUCUACAUCAUUCUUUGGUUUGAGCUUCCCCUUCACUUACAGAGGAUAGUUUUCAGUUUCUGCAGGAAAGUCUACCAAUACUUACCUAGAUUGAUCAAGAACAAAAAAAGAGAAGACUAAAUAUAUCCACUCUCAUCACAUCUAUUCAUCAUUGUACUGGAGGUGCUAGCCAGGACAAUCUGGCAACACAAAUAAAAGAAAGACAUAUAGGUUAGAAAGGAAGUACAAUUAUCUUUAUUUGCAGGUGACAUGAUCCUGUAUUUAGAAAAUCAUAAGUAAUUCACUAAAAGGUAUUAGAAUAAAAAAGAGUUGAGGAAAGCAAUAGCAUAAAAGAUCAACAUACAAAAGUGAACUGCGUUUCUGUACACAAGAAUUGAACAAUCCAAACAUAAAUUUAAGGAAACAACUCUAGUUAUGAUAAAAUCAAAAGUAAAAUACUUAUGAAAAACUUAACAAAAGAUGUGUAAACUUAAAAACUGGAAACUACAAUAUAUAGCUAGUGUUGGAAACAGCUAGGUAUCAUCCCUGAGCCUCUUCACCUUGGCUCUGGGGACUUUACCUUGAGGAGGAACGGGAUUGCAUUCUUGGCCUUU